AUGUCGGACCUGCAAAAGCUGAUUAGCCGGAGGAACGCCCUCAUGGCUCAAAUCAAUGUAGAGCUUUCAGUCGCGGACAACAUCAAAGAGCGGAAUCCGUCCCAAAGUGAGGUUAGGGACCGACUGAAUCAGCUAAACGAGCUUGCUGCUAGUUUUCGGGAAACGCAGAGCUCCAUCGAGGAGAAACAGGAGGACCCAGUAGCCACCGCAUCGGUGCAUUCGGUCAGGGAGGAGUUUUUCGGAAUGUUCUACAGAGUGAAGGAUAUUUUCGAAAGUCAUCUGGAUGAGGUUGGAUCUUCCGCCGCCAUUACCGAGCAUGGAAAGCUGGAUACGGCCGAUUGGAAGGAGGCACUUCAUCUGCUCAUCGAGACGCAGAGGAAGCUAUUGUUGGAUCAAGCGAUGACAGCAAAAACCGUCGAAAAUCUGUCGAAGUUUCCGAUUGCUGCAAUCAAACUUCCCGACGGAGAACAGGUGUCGAAUGGUACACCCCAGUUGAAUGUUCGGUUGCCUGCCAUCCAGAUUCAGCCAUUCAAUGGUGAACGUAAACAGUGGAUGACGUUUAAGGACCUCUACGUGUCAACAAUCCACAAUCGGGCUGACAUUACAGAUGCGCUGAAAAUGCAAUACCUCUUUUCCUAUCUGGAUGGAGACGCCAAACGCUUAGUCAACAAGUUCCCUAUCUCGGGUGUGAAUUACGAUAAAGCGUGGGAGACACUGGUCAACCACUACGAUAAAAAGCGUUUCACAGUGUUCUCGUUGGUUCACGAAUUCAUGGCCCAACCGGCCGUAACUCCAGCAUCGCCGCAGUCGUUGAGCAGACUAGUUACAACAUCGGACGAGAUUGUGCAACAGCUGGAUGCUUUGGGGCAGGAGUUCAAAAGCCGAGAUCCGUGGCUAAUCCAUCUCAUCCUGGAGAAGCUGGACAAGGACACACGAGCCAGUUGGUCUCAAGAAGUAGUGGAGAUUGAGAACCCAACGUUCGAGGAACUGCUGGAGUUUCUCAAAAAGCGCUGUGAGGUGAUCGAAACUUGUUCUGCGUUCGUGAAGAAACCAGUGAAUGAACCGAAGAAGGAAGUACAAAGAUCGGUGCCAAUCUCGACGAAGCUGAAGACGCUGUAUACGUCAACAACGGACAAAAAGUGCGCGAAGUGCUCCAGUGAGCACAAUACGUAUCAGUGUGAAGAAUUCAAAAAUAUGAGUGUGAAAGACAGACGUGAACUAGUGCAAAAGGCCAAACUGUGUUUCAAUUGCUUACGGCCAUUCCAUUCGGUGAAGUCGUGUACGUCGAAGUCUGUGUGCCACAACACUGACUGCAAGCAACGGCACCAUACGCUGCUGUGUCCUGUGGUGAAGAAGGCUGAACAACCGGAAGCAGAACAACAAGAAGAUUCGGCGGAGGCCCCUGCAAAGGAAGAAAGUGCCAUUGUCUCACUGGCGGCGGAAGUUCCGGAGAACAAGCAAAAAUCUAUCCCGUUGCUGCCAACGGCUGUUGUCAAGGUGCAAAAGGUGGAUGGCGAUUUUAUGACAGCGAGAGUUCUCAUCGAUUCCGGUUCUCAAGCGUCGUUGGUGACAGAAUCCUGUGUCCGGAAAUUGCAACUACCACGACGGAACGGCAAGCUAGUAGUCAACGGUCUGGGUCAACAAGAGGUCGGAACGACACGCGGUGUGGUGACAUUGCGCCUUGCAUCUCGGUCUUGA